AUGCUCAUGCUCAGAGCUCAGUGCCUGUUAUAUGUGGAAUGUGUGCACUGCUGUCUUCUAUUUAAUUUAUUAUAAUUUGGUGGUUUUUUAUAUUCACCUAAUACCAAUUUGACUAUAAAAUUUGUAAUUCUAGUACGAAUAUCAAAAUGGAGUCAGAAAUGGCGACAGUUACUGUUAAAAAGGAAGAUGAGGAGGAUGAGGAUGAUAGCAGCCAGCAACCAGCUGCAGUGGAAGAUGAUUGCAGCCAACAACAUUAUCUAAUCCCUGGCUACAACAUGAUCUUCAUCAAAGAGGAUCCAUAUGAUGAGCAAGAGGCUGAAGGAAGUGCAGUGAAGAGUGAACCAGAGAUGUGGCCUUCAAACUGCAGCACAUCUGGCCGAGACUAUGCAACAGAAGUGGGUGGACUGAAUGAGCAUUCAAUCUGUCCAGUGGAAAAGUGCACUGAGUCAUCUGUGAAGAAGAUCAACUUGAUCAAGAUCAAGCUCUACAGCUGUGCUCACUGUAGCUAUGAAACACCAAAUUCUGCUAAUUUGAAGAGACACAUUCGAAAACACACUACAAAAAAACCUUUCAGCUGUGAGUUAUGUGACUUCAAAAGUUCUCAGUUAGUUCAUUUUAAAAGACAUAUCAGAACACACACUGGAGAAAAACCUUUCAGCUGCGAGUUUUGUGACUUCAAAAGUUCUUGGUUAGGUGCUUUGAAAAUACAUACUAGAACACACACUGGAGAAAAACCUUUCAGCUGCGAGUUUUGUGACUUCAAAAGUGCUAGGUCAAGUAAUUUGAAAAGUCAUAUGAGAACACAUACUGGAGAAAAAUCGAAAAACUUUCAAAAAUAUCCUCAGUAGAAAGUUUAUUUUUAACCUUUGCUCAGCCUCAAUCUCUUAUAGCUAUUAGCAGUUGUCAGUAUUAAUCCACCCUUAGCAUAAAUACCAUCUGAAUCAACACCCUGUCACAUGAUCGGUGGCGUGAUCAUCUUCUGAGUCUCCUAUUGGACAGUAACCUCUCUUUCCCCUGCCGCCUGUUUUACCGAGAUCCUACUCUGCACAUAGCACACGCACACCCAGGUACCUAUAAUUAGUUGUUUGGAGAUCAGGUUAGUGAAAAGGCCACGUUAUCUUCUCUGUGCGACUUUUCUGAUAGUGGCUUUGUAUCCUAUACUAUUAAAGGAGCAACUUCUGUUUAUAUGUAUUUCUUGUUAGAUGUUUGUAUUUCACCGGAUCUUGAAAACGGCUCUAACGAUUCUCACUAAAUUCAGAACAUAGUAGGUUUAUAAUAUAAAGAUUCAAUUGCACUAGGCCUUAUCCCUGAGAAAACUCGCUGAAGGACAUUAAAAGGAUAAUUAUUAUUCAUUUUUGGGAAAACAGAUGAUAAUAAUUAUUUAGUCGUCUGUUGGUGAUGGAAGUGAGUGAGUGAGUUCAUGUGUAGGACUGUGUCAAAAUUAUGACUCAGUUGUUGAACUUUUGUAAUCAUUCAAUCAGGUACUAAGUGCCGGUUGCAAAAAAGCCAGGUUAAUUUAAAUCUGAUUAAUUCCAGUAGAUCCAUCUUUUUGAAAUGAUCUUCUCUGAUUUGGUUCACGUGCAGUUAUUCAGGAUUAAAAUUUAACCGGCUUUUGUGCAACUGGGCCUUUGUGAGGGAAAUUUUUGCAUUCUUCUGGGCAUUAAUCUCAAUUUACUGUGAUUGGAUAGAACAUUUCUGUAUGAAUGUUAUUAUAAUUUCUUCUUUCAUAAUAAAUUUUUUAUGCUUUUGUACUCCAGAGCAAAGCUUGGUCCCCGAUAUUAAUGUUUUUACUGUACAAUAUACAAUUCUAAGUUUU